UGGGCCCAACCAGGAGCCGCCUUCGAGACCUCUUCUUCUUGGGCUUCUGCAGCCACCUUUUCUGUGCCGCAACGGUUCCUCAUAUUUUACCGUGCAACAUCCCGUCACUCCUUCUUUUCGCUUUGGCCCUCGUGUGUUUCUACGAUAACACUCCCAUCAUUUCCUUUUCGACUAACAACUUCGACGUCACUUCUGCAUUCUGUUUCUGCUCUGCGACACUCUUUUGAACCUAAGGGAAACUGGCUGUCAUCUGUUUCAUCUUCCGCAAAGACCAGCAACACUGCAAUCACCAGAUCGAACGAUAAAUCGCCCAGUUAUACCCUCCAACGACGCUGGGAAGCGUACCAGCCGGACUGCUCCUCCGACUCUGAAGAUCCAUCGGGAUAGGCAUUCUACCAGUGGGGCAGUACUUGAAGAUACUCCAUGUCGCGCAUGUCUAUCAUCUAGUAGACGUACUGUAUCUGAAAGACUCUUCCAAUUGUGCUGGAAGCUAAGAUGGACAACGCAACUUUAGCAGCGCUGGCAGAUCCACUGAGAGGGCAAUGCCCUCCACCUUUCUAUGAUAUCUCUCAAUUCGGCUUGGAUGGCUUUGUCACCGGACGUUUCUGUGCACCGGUUGAUUACAUCAAGAAAGGCCUGAUCUGCUGUUUACCAUGCCCACUGACAGAUUACCUAUACCCUCCAGAGUUCAACACAUGGUACCGAGCGGCAGAGGCUUUGAAUGUUGCUGGCCUGAUUUGCCUGGUCUUCCUGAUGGCAACUUUCUUGAUUCUUCCUGCUGAGAAGACUCGCCGACACUACUUGAGCUACUGCCUGAUCAUCGCCGCGAUGUUUAUGGCGCUUGGCUUCGUCAUCCCUUUUGGAGCAGAACCCGAACAAUGUUACGACCAGAUCACACCCAACGACAUGUACUCAAGUCUGACUUGUGCUUUCUCUGGCGCUUUCCUCAUCUCAGGAGGCCUGUCCAUUGCGGUAUGGAUCUUCAUCCGUGCACUGUCGAUGCACCUCCAGAUUUGCUGGGAUGUAACGCCCGGAAAGAAGUUCUUCUACUGGGCACAAGGACUGGGCUGGACCGUCACUGCGACAUUCUUCACUAUUACUAUUACAAUCACCGGAGUCUCCUUCCGCUUUGGCGAUGUCUGCCACGUCAACUCGGAGCAUUCGAUGAAGGACUUCUGGGGCCCUCUCCUGGCUAUCGCUGGCGGUGCUAUGGUGAUUCAGCUCGUAACGUUCGUGUACUGCAUCAAGGUUUACCUGCAGAACAUGUGGAGCGACGACAAGACCGAGACUCACAGCAGCGCGGGACUGCCUUCAUACACAGGCAGCGUCCGUACAAGGUCCGCCCGAGCUGUUUAUCACCGCGUACGAAAGGUGCUAUGGCUUCAGUGGAGAGGUAUCACCAUCGUCGUUUUCAUCCUGGUCGACGUCAUCUUCUUCUCGGUCGUAUUCAUUUGGCUCAACUCACUUCAGACGCACGCACUAGACGAUCCCGAAGAACUCCAGCCAUACCUGAAGUGCCUUAUAAUGUCGCCCCUGAACCCGGAGCCGUGCUUGCAAUAUGGCCAGGAGCUGGCGAUCAAUCAGUCGACAGUCAUUGCUAUCCUGAUAAUGCUGUCCAUUGCUGGGUUACAGGUCUUCUUUCUGCUCCUACGUUGGAGCAUGCUGACUGGAUGGGUUGAGUUCUUCAAGUCCAAGUUCAGCAAGAACCGCGAGUUCGUCUCCCUGGACGCCAAAAAUUACCAAGAGCACCCCAAGAACUACGAGUUGAGGAAAUUCGAGCAGACAGAUCUCCAAUCACCACCGCAUGUAUUCUCUAGCCCGGACUUUGCCAGUCACCGUGACGGCACGCCCGAUUACUUCCAGAAGGAAACCGAAAGGCCGUACAGGAGUCCAACACAGAGUUACUCGACACCAAGACCGUUUUCUCAAGGCACGAUCGCAGCAUAUCCACGUGUUGAAUGGGAUCCAAGAAGCACACAUGCAAGAGGUGGACUAGGUCUGCACCCUCCGGACUUCGACUCAAAGAUCUGAGAAACAAUUACGCACGAUGGAUCCUCCGUGGAACUAUCAACAUCAUGAAAUUACGACCAUGCUCGUUACAAUGGCACAGCAUCCAGCUACAGAGAUGCCUGCCCAAUCGGCCAGACAAUGGCCCCCACAAAUGCGCAGAGCAGACGGUCAUAACAACGACCAGUCUCUCGCAGACGAAAGCCCGCGACUUUGAUGUCUACAUCAUAUCGGUGCGCUACGACGCAAGAAGCGUCACAGGACCGUGCAAUCGCACACUCAACCGAACAGCACGACGGACCAAAGUGUUUGACCUGAGCAGCUGCUUCGUUUUUGUUCCUUACUGUACCACUUUUCUGUAUACGGCUUCGGCCACAUUCGACCCAUGUUUCCUUGUCAGACCUACGAUGUCUACAAAAAUCUUCUCUUGCGACUCGCACCAAAAGAGCACACGCUCGCUUUCUCCUCCGUCUAUAGAAAUCCUACGCAGGUAUUAGAUAUUCAGAAUCACAA